ACAUCCCGUCCGCGAUUAUGACCAUACCAUAAAAAAUUACAAUAUCCACAUUUUACAAACCGUCUUCUUUCCGUGUGUCCGACCGUUUCUUGUCCACUAGUUACCUGUAUAUAUAUAAACAUGGUUGGUCCAGUCAAUCAUGAGUGAAAGUCAAGAUUCAAGUCUACGCCAACAAAAAAAGAAAGAGUUUCUGAAUUUUGAAAAACCAUCAUGCUUAAGCUGAUUAUCAGAGUCUGCAUAUUACUACUGAGUGUUGCUAUGCCAACGUUUUCUAGUUAUUGCAGUGAAUAUCCUGUUAGCGGAAGUUCCUUACAGUUCACUGACCCUGACCCCACAAAUCUGCGAAUUGACGAUGUUGGAACAGCUACAUUUCUGGCCUGCUGCGCAGGUAAUUAUGAUAGUAUAACCUGGUAUUUCAAGGACAAGUUGUAUCCCAACUGGAACAUCUCGAAACCUCAACUCAGAAACUAUAUCAGUUUUAAAGAAAGAGGCCAAGUGUUGCAGUUUUAUGAAGUUACAUACGAAAUGGAAGGGUAUUACAGAUGUGUGAUUUCAAACAGUAAGGGAGAGUCACUAACAUUCAAGCAAAGGCUGUUGGUCAAACCACCUCAGACGGGAACGAUGUUUCCAGUACAACAGCCAGAUUGUGUCAACAAGUCUGCAAGGAUCGGCGAAAACAUUACGUUCUACUGCGAGUACUUCAUCGGAGAAAGUGAAAUCUGCCCCUCUGUUGUAUGGCAAAGGAAUGAGACAUCUCAACUUUACGUAUUUGGUUACGAAUUUUAUCUUGGCAGCUAUUCCAACUUUACUAGUUUUGUUGUCGAGGAUAGUGUUUGCUCAAAGGACAAGAGUACAAUAACAACUGCUCUGCACAUUUACAAUGUGAGCGAUGAUGCAUAUGGUCCAUUCACUUUAUAUAUAGUUCGAGGAACAACCGUUGGAAUUACCCUUGAACUAAGCAAGAUAAACGAUCCUCCGCCAGAUGCUCAACCCAACAUUAUAGAACAAGCCGGUACACAAUCUGCUAUUGUGUUCAGUGCACUCUCAGUCGUCAUAAUUGUACUCACACUCUUGGUUAUAUAUUUUAAAACAGACUUGCUUUUGAUUUAUAAACAUUACCUGGAGAAGGAAGCAUCAGAGGGUAAGGAAAUUUUAUUGAAAAUUUUGAAACAGGAACAGUGUCUGCUCACAUCAUAUAUGUAUAAAAAGUCUUGUUUGAAAAAUAUAAACAUUACUGUAUUAGCUUUCCUACUUCUGAUUGGUACAGAAUAUGACCUCUUUGAACUUUGAAGUGUAUGAACUGAA